UCUCCAACGGGAUGGGCAACGACAGCACCACGACAGCCACCACCAUCGCAGUGCCACCAUCUGAGAUUUACUGCCAUGUCACCACUGCGGGGUCAUCCCUCUUUCUCUCCAGCAGCCCCAUGACUGCCAUGUGCGCCAUUGCGACUGUGGUGGUCAGUGGCUCUGUCUGUCAUCACUGCCCAAUGAGUGACCUCCCUGGCACGCUCAUCUUCACCUGCUGCCACCAUCCUGGGCUCCCCAAGAUCCUGAUCACCAUAAGAACACGGCCAUGUCUCACAGCUGUGGAGUGUACGAACCCCAGAACAGACCACCGGCAAAGACACACGAGACAGCGAAAUUGCAAUAUGAGAUGUGGGGCACAGAAGUGCACACAGAGGAGUGUGCACACGGGCACGUGGUGCUCACGUGCAGAGUCAGAGGAACAGUCAUGGUAUGGGAGGGGAGAGCAGGGUUGGGCCCAGGUGUCAGGCAUGUUCUGCUUUCGACCUACUGGACAGGAAAAGGGUAACCAUUUGCCCCCUGUGAUGUGUUUUUCAGCUCUUGCUAUAUCAGAGAAUUAUGAGGGUCUCCGAGCCCGAGAGCCUUGCCUGGGGCUUGCCCUGGAGUGUCAGCUCAGUGGAUAUUUGGAGCAGGUAGUCCACAGGGCAGAUGAGAUCGCAGAGAAGCUUCGACAACUGUCUAGACAAAGGGUCCUAAUGGUUCAAGUACUAUUUUUCCAGGAGCCACACAGGUGGCUAGGUGGUGACGGGCUCUCAGAUGCCCUUGACUGGGAAGGCAGUCAGCACAGCCCGCGGGAACAAAAUGCACUGCUGCGUACCGUCUGCACCAUGGACGUGGGCAGCUGCCUCACCCCGCCACUCACGGCUCUUGGCUGGCCGGGCAGCCUGCGCCCGCACAGCCCUGUCAUGCCAGCAGGACAGACGGCCCACCUGUGGCUGACCAGCCCGGCCUGCCCUGCUACUGCAGUCAGACCCCAGUCUCCCACACCGGAGAAGCGUGGCUCUCGGUGCCAGAUACUUCGAACAGACCCAACCGAGGCCAUCCUGUCUUUUCCGCACUGCCACCACCCGAGCUCCUAG